AUGUCUCGUAGAAACGGCGCCCCUUCGGGGCCCAAGGACGCUGCUCCUCCGCCGACGGACUUGACGCAAGACAAACAAGCACGUCUGCUGUCUUCCGAAGCAGGCCACUUCUCGCUCUUCCGAGCAUUACAUAUGGCCGACUUCAUUACCGAGCUAAACGGCUUCUGCGGCGUCAUGUCCGUCUUCUCCUCGCUGCGGUACUGCAUCCAAGACGACCCGACGGACCACACGAACCUGUACCUCGCGCUGGGCUUCAUCCCGCUCGGUCUCUUCUUCGACUUCAUGGACGGCAAGAUUGCGCGCUGGAGGAAGAAGGCCUCGCUCAUGGGCCAGGAGCUCGACUCGCUCGCUGACCUGAUAUCCUUCGGCGUCGCCCCCGCCUCCGCAGCCUUCAUCCUCGGCCUCCGCACACCCAUCGACCACCUCGCCCUCUCCUUCUUCGUCCUCUGCGGCCUUACGCGCCUCGCCCGCUUCAACGUCACCGUCGCCCUGCUGCCCAAGGAUGCUACUGGGAAAUCGCAAUACUUCGAGGGCACGCCGAUCCCGACGUCGCUGGCCCUCGCGGGCAUCAUGUUUUGGUGGGUACGCAUGGGGUGGAUAGGGGAGAGUCUGCCGUGCGGGGUUUGGGGCCAGGGGAAGUGGUGGGAGUGGCAUCCUGUGGUGGGGCUGUGGGUGGUGCAUGGGUGCUUGAUGGUGAGUAAGAGUAUUAAGAUCCCGAAGCCUUGAGGAAGGGGGAAGGGGUAAGGAGAAGAUGGGGAGUGUUGAUGUGGGCUACUAUGAGAGAGAGGGGGCGGAUGGUUCGGGUGCACUGUGGUGGUAGUUUGGUUUAUUGGCACGCCAAUACCUCCCUGUCCGUACAUCUGGUUGGAUUGACAUCCGAAAAGGAGAGCGUGCUUUUCAUUGAGUACAUGCUGAUUCCCAACUCUUGCUUCUCAACGAUACUGGCUUCUCUUACCUCGAUAUAUCCUGACGGGCAUUGUCGGAGCACAUGUAACGGGCGGGGCUAUAUAUAUCGACCCGAUAUCAGCUCAUGUAUUGCAUCUCUGUGCCCAAAACCGGGCCGCGUAUUCACCGCUUGACUCAUGAUUACCGGCGCUCAUUAGUUGUACCUAUGUCUAUGUGAUCCCUUGCC